CAAGCAAAUUGAGCAUCUUUUAGAACGCCAAGAAUCAUCGAAUACUUUUAAAUUGUUUAAACUAACACGACAUUUGUAUUAUGAUGGAAAAAAAUGGCUUAAUUUUCUAAAAGAAAAAAUCGGCCGAAGGGAGAUGGCCAAGGCUCAUAGCUUACGUCCCAGAAUGCCGACACGUACCGAUUAUAUGGAAUCUCUAUAUGCAAUAUAUAGACUUCAAUCAACAUACGAUCUUGAUCCUGCUAAGAUGUCAGGAGGUUUACUGAGAGGAAAACAAUACAGAUCCAAAAAAUGGAGCUCUUUGGAAUGCUUAAUGGUUGGAACUAUCUAUUAUUUGGAUGAAAACUUCGAAAAUGCGGAAAUCUGGUUUCAACUGGCCCUAGAAAAGUACUACCAGCACUCAAUACCAAAACAAUUUGAAGUUCUAGGCAUUCCUUAUCGGUUUGUCUUGAUAUUGCUGAUGAAAUCAGCAAAAAGUUCUGGACGCUAUGACGCAGCUUUGGAAUAUGCAAAAAAAGGAGCUUCUCUUGAAUUACAUUCGAAUUAUUGGAAAGAUCAAAUGGACCAAGUUAAAGCUUUAAUUGAAAACCCUAAGGUCAUCGAGCCAUUUAGGCCUGUUAAACCUAUAUUUAAAACAGCUUGCCGCAAGGAAUAUCCUCAUGUCCACUUAAAAUGUCGAUACUUGAAAAAUUCUGCCUUUUUGAAGCUGGCACCUAUAAAAAUGGAAGAGGUAUUUCUAGAUCCUUCUAUAAAUGCCACAGGAUUAAGUGUAAAAGACUCCGAGAUGCUGCAGAUUAGUAACUACGGCAUUGGAGGACAUUUGGUUGAGCAUCAGGAUUUUACAACCACAACUGAAGUUUCAUAUAAAAAUGCGUAG